CCGGACAUGGCGAGAUUACCCUAUCCUCACUGAGGCUUUGCGAUCAACGUCGCUGCUCCCCACGUCGCACAACCAGUUCCUCAGGAUAGGCUGCUGUUGGGUCCGCGAGGGAGGGACUUCAUUCACCUGCCAUCUCACCGCUGUUGCUGCUGCUGCGGUCGAUUUUGUGCAGCAAAAGCAUUCGGGAAGCUGGUGGAGUGGUGGUUCUUCUGCUCCGCCGCUUCUUCUCAUCCUCGCGCCUAUUUUAGUGUAUAAUUGCGGAGACCGGGGAAUGGUGAAUUGAGUUCCGAGGCUUGUGUACGAGAGCUAAAACCCUAGGGAGAGGGAGGGCGGAAUUGGUGAGAUUAGUAGGGAGGUUUGUCGUGGAAUAAUAGAAUAAGAUGGCGACCUUGUCGAUUCAUGCGUGCUCGCCGUCGCUGUCGACCGCGUUGGCAGUGGAGACGAAUGUGGCUGUGAAGCCGUAUGUGGUGUUGUCGCUCUUGCCAGCUGCGAGAGGGUUGAGGCCGAGGAGGGGAUUGCUGUCGCGGGGACCAUCUCUGCGAAAGCAUUCGGUGAGGAGGAAUGGUCUAGUUGUGCCUAAAGCUUAUUCCGGCCAACUGCCUGACCCUGAGCAUGUGAGAUUGGCCUUGAGUGCUCUGUCGAAGACGCCAGACGCGCUGGAGGGAUUGCUUACCCGGACGGAGGGGCUGUUCUUCACGCUGGCGGAUGCUGCUGUGGCAACUGAUCCUGGUCAGGUGACCGACGCUGUUGUGCAAAAACAGGAUGGAGGUUGGCUUGGAGGCAUUACGAAUACUCUUGAACUAGCAUUAACGUUUUUGAAGGACGGCAUUGCUAAGAUAGGCCUACCUUAUUCGUAUGGUUUUGCCAUUAUUCUUCUUACUGUAAUCGUGAAAGCUGCUACUUAUCCUCUCACUAAAAAGCAGGUAGAAUCGACUUUAGCCAUGCAAAAUUUGCAACCUAAGAUCAAAGCUAUUCAGACUCGUUAUCAGGGCGAUCAAGAACGCAUUCAAUUGGAAACAGCAAGGUUGUACAAGCAGGCUGGAGUCAACCCUCUUGCAGGGUGUCUGCCAACCCUUGCCACUUUACCGGUGUGGAUUGGUCUGUAUCGUGCUCUAUCAAAUGUUGCUAAUGAGGGACUCUUGACUGAAGGCUUCUUCUGGAUUCCAUCCUUAGCAGGCCCCACUACAAUUGCCGCACGUUCUAGUGGCAGCGGGAUCUCAUGGUUAUUUCCCUUCGUGGAUGGUGCUCCUCCUCUGGGAUGGGGCGACACAAUUGCUUAUUUGGUGCUGCCAGUACUCCUUAUCGGUUCACAAUACGUAUCUAUGCAGAUCAUGCAACCGGCUACUGCGAGCAAUGAUCCAGCUCAAAAUCAAUCUCAGUUGAUCCUAAAGUUCCUGCCCCUUAUGAUUGGUUACUUUUCUUUGUCUGUGCCAUCAGGACUCAGUCUUUACUGGUUGACCAACAAUGUGUUGAGCACGGCUCAACAAGUGUACUUGCGGCAGUUGGGUGGUGCUCAGCCAAUAGUGGACAAGGAGGGAUCAGGCAUAAUUAGUGCCGGUCAAGCUAAGCGGACUCCUCUCCCACCUCCAUCUGCUACUGCUACUGCUACUGAUGCCCCUACUAGUACGUCAACAAAGGACAGCCGUGGUACAAGGUUCAAACAGUUAAAGGAGGAAGAGGCCAGAAAGAAGGAGGCUCGCCGGAAAGCAGCCGAAGAGGCUUCAAAAGCUGCCGCUGCUAAGGCUGCAGAAGAGCGAGAUAAUAUAUUGAGGGCACAACUAGCGCAGGAAGCUCAGAAAUCAGCUGCUUCAGCCGGAGAAACCAGUGACGAAGCACAAGUUGAAAGUGAUGGAGAAAAGGAAGACUCUGAUAAUUCUAAGGAACAGGCCUUAGCUGCAAAUGGAGCCGUAGGAGAUUCGUCGGGGAAACAAGCAAGCAAGCGAUCGAAAAGAAGGCGGUCUCCUUAAGUGUUCUCUAUUCUGAUUAUUGAAUACUUGAUUUUGAAGUUGAGUUUAAUGUGAUCCAGCUUUUCUCUUGGGUAAUGCAAUUGUAGACUGGUAACUUAAGUGUUCGCUCCAUCUUCGUGGCUUUGGAUCAGAUUUUUACAAUUCAACCCAAGUUUGUAUAUUAAGCUGGAGUUACUUACCUGUUCCAACUUCUCUUUGGAGGGAUUGGAUAAUGCGGCCAAUCUGGAAGUUGUAGGCGUUCCCGCUAAGAGAUAGAUAUCAACUUCAGCUCUAGUGGUAUUCGUAUGCUAUUUUUAGGGCUACGUAUAUUGGUAGUUGGUUCUUGUGUUCCAGUGAGUGAAUCGAUAUCUUAAUCAAUUGAUGAGCUUUUCCCUUUCUUUAUAACUCUGAUUUUUGUUACCCAGGUUA